UUGUAGGGUUUUGAAACUCAAACUCGUACGGCCUCUCUCUCUCUCUGAAACUGUAACCAAAACAGAAGAAGCUUUAAGGAGAAGAGAAGAAUCUGAGAUCACAGCAAUGGAGAUUGAUCUAAAUGAUUAUACUGUUAUUAAGGAAGGUGAAGCUGAGAUUCUCAUGCACAAGAAGAACAAAGUCUUCUUCAAUAAAGCUCAGGUUAACAAUAGGGACAUGUCUAUUGCUGUCCUAAGGGCGUAUAUAUCAAAACGCAAGCAAGAGCAUGAAGCCAUGUUAUCUAAAAGAGCUAGAUCAACUGGUAAAAUGCCUGAGAAGAAUGUCUCUUCUGAAAUCUCCAGAGAAGAGACUCCCAUUGAAAACGGUGAAACCAACGAAGAACAUGAAGAAACAUCUCAGGAUGGACCAAAUGAAGCUGUGAAGACCACAUAUGAAUCUGCACGAAGGGAACUCAAGCCACCAAGAGUGCUUGAGGCACUGUCAGCUUCUGGAUUAAGGGCUUUGAGAUAUGCUCGUGAAGUUGAAGGAAUUGGUCAAGUUGUGGCUUUAGAUAAUGAUCCAGCAUCGGUUGAAGCUUGCCAGAGAAACAUAAAGUUCAAUGGCUUGAUGUCUACUUCAAAGGUGGAGUCUCAUCUUACUGAUGCUCGUGUCCAUAUGCUCACCAACCCAAAAGAGUUUGAUGUGGUUGAUCUUGAUCCAUAUGGUGCGCCGUCUAUCUUCCUAGAUUCAGCUGUUCAAUCAGUUGCAGAUGGUGGCUUGCUGAUGUGUACAGCUACUGACAUGGCAGUGUUAUGUGGUGCUAAUGGCGAGGUUUGCUAUUCCAAAUAUGGUUCCUAUCCACUUAAAGGGAAGUAUUGUCAUGAGAUGGCUCUGCGUAUCCUCCUCGCCAGCAUCGAGAGCCAUGCAAACCGUUACAAGCGGUACAUUGUACCUGUUCUAUCAGUCCAAAUGGAUUUUUACGUCCGUGUCUUUGUCCGAGUCUACACUUCGGCGAGUGCAAUGAAGAACACACCACUAAAGCUCUCAUACGUCUAUCAAUGCAUUGGUUGUGACUCUUUUCAUCUUCAAUCCGUUGGAAGAUCCCUCCCUAGGAAUAACAGUGUGAGGUAUCAAGCAGGAGUUGGUCCUGUUGUUCCUCAAGACUGCACUCACUGUGGAAAAAAAUAUAACAUGGGUGGACCUAUAUGGUCUGCUCCAAUUCAUGAUCAAGAAUGGGUGACUUCGGUUCUAAAUGGUGUUAAAUCCAUGAAAGAUAGAUAUCCUGCUUACGACAAAAUUUGCUCUGUUCUUACAACAAUCUCAGAGGAGUUGCUAGAUGUUCCACUCUUUUUGAGCCUUCAUAGUCUCUCUGGAACGUUGAAAUGUACUUCACCAUCAGCUGCUAUGUUUAGAUCAGCAGUGAUGAAUGCAAAGUACCGUGUCUCGGGGUCUCAUGUGAACCCUCUUGGGAUUAAAACUGAUGCUCCUAUGGAGAUUGUAUGGGACAUCAUGCGUUGCUGGGUGAAGAACCAUCCUGUGAAAGCACAACCACCUGAACAUCCAGGAAGUGUGAUUCUAUCUAAAGAACCAUCUCUUCAGGCUGACUUCUCACGCCAUGUUGGUUCAUUAAGCAAAGCACAAGUGAAGAAAGUAGCUAGGUUUCUGCCAAAUCCAGAGAAGCAUUGGGGUCCGAAGAUAAGAGCUGGUCGUCAGAUCACAAGCAAACACGUCUCUCUUAUUGGUCAUGAAGCUGUUAAUGAUCAUCUCAAUGGCCACAAGGAAGCAGGAACAGAAGGAGGAGGAGGAGAAGAAGAGAAGGAAGAUGAUAUCACUGAGGCUGAGCCAGACCUGAAACGCCAGAAGAAAACAGAGGAUAUUGCUUCAACAUCAUAAGGGGGCUAAUUUGUUUACCCAAAGAAUUUUAGAUUUUUGUUUUGCAAAAGAAUUUACCUUUUUUAUUAUUUUCAAACAUUCGUCAUAUCAUGUUCUACGUUUUUGAAAGUGAAAUUAUAUCUCUU